AGAGGGUUCAAUCAACAGAAUCCACCCCGCGAGAGAGAGAGAGAGAGAGAAAGAGAGAACAAAUAACUAAUUUUCUCUCAGCAGUGUGUGGCGUAGACAGCGGCACCGCCUGCCAAACCCAGAACCUCUGCGAAAAUUCCGUUCGGGAAUAAGACAAGAAUCCAUUAGAGUCGAAGAGCUAUUUGUUACAUACAUGCAAUCAAUCACAGCUAUAUAUUUAAAUCCUCUACAGUCUUCACCUCCGAACUACCCCUCAUUGUUCUCUCCGCCCAACAUAAAGACCCAGCGACGUCUCUCAAGAGAUUUCUCGCCCUGUUUUUUAACUCAUCUGUCUCCCAAUUAAUGAUAAUCACACCUACCUGGGUAGCUUGCCACAUUUCUUUCUCUUGAUCUGGGCAAUCUCAAUCAUUCACUCUGCACCUCACGCGGAGUUCAGUUCUUCUUAACUAUUCAAAUUUCUUCUGGGCAGCCUUUUUAGGAUAUGGGUCCUUAUUAUGUCGGUCUGAUCGUGCCACUAGUGUUAACACUUCUGAUUCGUAACACCAAGAAAGAGAAGAAAAGAGGGUUGCCAGUGGAUGUUGGUGGAGAGCCUGGUUAUGCUAUCCGAAACCACCGGUUUACCAAACCUGUGGAAUCUGCUUGGGAAGGAGUCACAACUCUUGCUGAGCUUUUUGAGCAGGCCUGCCGGAAGUAUUCUGACCUGAAAUUAUUGGGGACUCGGAAGGUGGUUUCUAAAGAAGUGGAGAUAUCUGGUGGAAAGUCUUUUGAGAAGCUACAUUUGGGUGAUUACGAGUGGUUGAGUUAUGGACAGGCGUUUGAAUCAGUAUGCAACUUUUCUUCUGGUAUUAUGCAACUCGGACAUCAAAAGGGAGAACGUGCUGCAAUCUUUGCUGAUACAUGUGAAGAAUGGUUCAUUGCUUUACAGGCUUGUUUCCGGCGCAAUGUGACUGUUGUGACCAUUUAUGCCUCUCUUGGUGAAGAAGCUCUGUGCCAUUCGUUCAAUGAGACAGAAGUUACAACAGUAAUUUGCGGAUACAAGGAACUCAAGAAAAUAGUGAAUAUAAGUGGGCAGCUCGAUACCGUCAAGAAUGUAAUAUGCAUGGACAAUGAAUUUCAGACAGAUUUUUCAUUGGUUUCUGGAAACACUAGCUGGACCAUCACAUCCUUCUCAGAGGUGAUAAAGAUGGGCGGAGAAAAUCCAGUUGAACCAGACCUACCUGUUUCAGCUGAUAUUGCUGUAAUAAUGUACACAAGCGGUAGCACUGGCAUGCCUAAGGGUGUCAUGAUGACGCAUGGCAAUGUCUUGGCUACGCUGUCUGCUGUGAUGACAAUUGUUCCAGGGCUUGGAGUUGGAACCGAGGAUGUUUAUCUAGCAUACUUGCCGUUAGCCCACAUUCUUGAACUUGCAGCCGAGAAUCUUAUGGCUGGUAUCGGAAGCUGUAUUGGGUAUGGAUCUCCUUUAACUCUCACUGACACUUCGAAUAAGAUCAAGAAGGGAACCAAAGGGGAUGCUACAGUAUUGAUGCCGACACUGAUGGCAGCUGUGCCAGCUAUUCUUGAUCGUGUUCGUGAUGGUGUGAGGAAAAAGGUGGAUACUAAGGGAGGACUCUCAAAGACACUAUUUGAUUUGGCAUAUGGCCGUCGAUUAUCUGCUGUAAAUGGUAGCUGGUUUGGGGCAUGGGGCUUGGAAAGGCUUCUAUGGGAUCUUUUGGUGUUUAAAAAGGUCCAAGCAGUUUUGGGUGGUCGUAUACGGUUCAUACUCUCUGGGGGCGCCCCUCUUUCCGGGGAUACUCAAAGAUUUAUCAAUAUAUGUCUCGGUGCUCCGAUUGGUCAGGGUUAUGGUCUGACCGAGACAUGCGCUGGUGGGACAUUUAGUGAGUAUGAUGAUACAUCUGUUGGCCGUGUGGGUCCUCCGCUACCUUGCUCAGUUGUGAAGUUGGUUGAUUGGCCGGAGGGCGGGUACUUAGUUAGUGAUUCGCCAAAGCCACGUGGAGAAAUUGUUAUCGGCGGGCCAAAUGUUACUCUCGGAUACUUCAAAAAUGAUGAGAAAACGAAGGAAGUUUACAAGGAUGAUGAGAGGGGAAUGAGGUGGUUCUACACAGGCGACAUAGGACAGUUCCACGCUGAUGGUUGCCUUGAGAUUAUUGAUCGGAAAAAGGACAUUGUGAAACUUCAACAUGGAGAAUAUGUCUCCCUUGGAAAGGUAGAGUCAGCGCUCAUUGUGAGCCACUAUGUCGACAAUAUCAUGGUGCACGCUGAUUCUUUCCAUGGCUACUGCAUAGCCUUGGUAGUGGCUUCGCAGCCGGCUUUAGAAGUCUGGGCCGCAAAGCAAGGAAUCGAGUACUCAGAUUUCGCGGACUUGUGUAAUAAAGAAGACAGUCUUAAGGAAGUCAUGAGUUCAUUACUCAAGGCGGCGAAGGAUUCGAAGCUGGAGAAGUUUGAGAUUCCAGGGAAAAUCAAGCUGCUCCCGGAACCUUGGACGCCGGAAUCCGGGCUCGUAACAGCAGCCCUCAAACUCAAGAGAGAGGUCAUAAGGAAGACAUUUUCUGAGGAUCUUGCCAAGCUAUACUCAUCAUCAUAAUUGAUGACGUCAGAACAUACAUCCCUGUGUUCUUUUUUGCCAGAGAUCUUGACUCAAUUUCUGUUCUGUUCAUCCAACAUCAUGAAUCUAACUUUGAUGUACUUCCAAGAAAAUUUGAAUUGAAUCUUGAAGUGAUAUUUCAA